AUGGGCCUUAACUGUGUAACGCCCGUCGAUCCUUUGAGUGCUUUGAUCCCAAGACCCGAUAAGAUCGAUGUUUCAUUGAUUAUAGAGUCAAAAUUGCCGAUUAUUUUCAUGAUUGGAGGUCCAGGAGCAGGAAAAACAACACAGUGUAUACGAGUAGCAAAGCAUUAUGGUUUUUGCGCUAUUGUAACCAGAGAAUUGUUGCGCGACGAAGUAGUUACCGGUUCACAGAGAGGCAUUAUCGUGGCGCAUCUGAUGUCUAGAGAUAAACUAAUUCCCGCGGAUGUCAUGGUGGAGCUCAUCAAAGAGAAAAUGCUGGGCAACUUGCAUACGCAGGGUUUUUUGCUGGGUGGAUUUCCCCGCGAGAAAAAACAAUGUAAGAAUUUCAACACGCAUAUCCGGCCGCCAGAUCUCGUCCUAUUUCUGUCCGUCAGGGAUUCGCUGCUGAUGGACAGGACAUUAGGCAGAACUAUCACCGCUCGCCAGCGACAGAGCCGUAGCUUCGAUGAAUAUUUGAAACGAAUCAAAGAGCAAGGUAAAAUGAUCAAACCGAUCCUAAGGUAUUAUAGAAAAGAACUGGUGACCAUCAACGGCGAAAACGACGAAACGGAAGUUUUCGAGGAUAUUUGCGCCGCGAUCGAUAACGUCCUGAAGAAUUUUCCGAGCACGUCUACAGUAAAAGCAGUCAAUCAUUAA